CCCCCGUGACACCCCUUUCGUCCCCAGAGAGCCAAGUUUUUCUCUGGGGACUGUGCUCCAUUCACCGUGCUGAACUACUAGUUUUUGACUUUGAACUUGACUCCUGGAGAAAGAUCUACACUGAGGUACAACCCUAGGGCUUUCUAUGCAGUUGAGGUAGAAGCGGUGGUGUGUGAGGGGGAAUGUGUGAACCCUUGUGAAAAAAGUGGAAAUAGAAGAUGCAUCUAGAAAAUAAGGAUGGUGGGCUAACUCCUCCUGUACUGGUGAUGGAGCUCCAUCAGACAUCUGCUCCCAUGUGUGCUGCAAAACCCAUCACUAGUGACCACAAGCCACAUCAGCAUGUCCACAUGGCAGAUCCUCAGGGUCCUUACUCCAACCAAAUGGUGGGGGAGAGCAGCUGGACAACUGUGGACCAGGAUUUUGAUUCGUUCCUCACUGAACGCAGGCCUCACUCUCUUAUCUCUCAGUUCUUCAGCUCCAGGUCCAAUGGCAUUACAGAAAACACUCCAUUAUUGAGGAAUUCCUCUCAAGAGAAAGGGUCCGUUUACCAUCCAGAGCUCUUCACAUUCAAUGAGUUUUGGGAAAACAGCUCAGCUGAGUGGGCUGGUUCUUCUGGAUCUGCCUCCCCAGUGAAGGGGGAACUCCUAGACAGCGCUCGUAGCAAAGUCCAACUGUCAAAACCGAGGUGCUAUGUGAAGUGGCUGAAAGUCGUGGGCUUGUUUGUCUUUGUGGUGGCUUGCUCUGUCUUAUUUAGUCUGUAUCCAGAUGAAGAAAAACGCUGGCAGUUGUUGGCAGUGUCACCAAUGGAAAGUUACUCUUUGAACCUCAGCAGCCACACGGACUCCACACUGCUCCAGGUGGCCCUGAAUGGGGCCUUGGUGGCUGGUGGCACAAGUCAACCUGGGAGAGAAGAGCACGUGGUGGUGGAGGUGACCCAGACGGAGGCUCCAGGCUCACGGUGGAGGCGGCCACAGCAGGUUUCUCACAAUUGGACGGUGUUUUUGAAUUCGAGAAGAAGCGAUCGCACAGUGGUGAGCAGGAACUUUGAGGUCCUGAGCAGAGAGACCAUUUCCAUCAACAUCCGAGCCUCCCUCCAGCAAACUCAAGUUGUCCCUCUAUUGAUGACUCACCAGUACCUUGGUGCAAGCAUGGAAGUCCAAGUAACCAUCGCUGUUGUCAUCCUCGCUGGGGUCUACACCCUCAUCAUAUUUGAGAUUGUUCACAGGACACUGGCAGCCAUGUUGGGGUCUCUUGCAGCAUUAGCAGCGCUGGCAGUGAUUGGAGAUAGACCAAGCUUGACCCACGUGGUGGAAUGGAUUGACUUUGAGACCCUGGCCCUGCUGUUUGGCAUGAUGAUCCUAGUAGCCAUAUUUUCAGAGACUGGAUUUUUUGAUUACUGUGCUGUAAAGGCUUACCAGCUUUCCAGGGGAAAUGUAUGGGCCAUGAUCAUCAUGCUUUGUCUCUUUGCUGCCAUCCUUUCUGCCUUCCUGGACAACGUCACCACGUCGCUCCUCUUCACCCCUGUGACAAUAAGGUUAUGUGAGGUGCUCAAUCUCGACCCACGGCAAGUCCUGAUUGCAGAAGUCAUGUUCACUAACAUCGGUGGAGCAGCCACUGCCAUUGGGGACCCACCAAAUGUCAUCAUCAUUUCAAACCAGGAAUUGAGGAAGAUGGGCCUGGACUUCGCUGGGUUCACAGCACACAUGUUCAUGGGAAUUUGCCUCGUUCUCCUGUUUUCCUUUCCACUCCUCAGGCUCCUUUUCUGGAAUCGAAAACUCUAUAACAAGGAGCCCAGUGAGAUUGUUGAACUGAAGCAUGAGAUCUAUGUGUGGCGCCUGACUGCUCAUCGCAUCAGCCCGGCCAGCCGUGAGGAGACAGCUGUGCAGAACCUGCUGUUGGGGAAGGUGCGGACGCUGGAGCACCUGCUGGCUCACAGGUUGCACACUUUCCACAGACAAAUCUCACAGGAGGAUAAAAAUUGGGAGAACAAUAUCCAGGAGCUACAAAAAAAGCACAAGAUAUCAGACAGGAUUCUGCUGGCCAAAUGCCUGGUGGUGCUGGGAUUUGUUAUCUUCAUUUUCUUUCUCAACUCAUUUGUCCCUGGUAUUCAUCUUGACCUUGGGUGGAUUGCUAUUCUGGGUGCCAUCUGGCUGCUAAUUUUAGCUGAUAUCCAUGAUUUUGAGAUAAUUCUACACAGAGUGGAAUGGGCAACCCUUCUAUUCUUUGCUGCACUCUUUGUUCUGAUGGAGGCACUGGCUCAUCUCCAUUUAAUAGAGUAUGUUGGAGAACAGACUGCUUUGCUAAUAAAGAUGGUGCCUGAGGAUCAGCGCCUUGCUGCUGCCAUCAUCCUGGUGGUCUGGGUCUCAGCCAUUGCAUCCUCUCUGAUAGACAACAUCCCAUUCACUGCCACUAUGAUCCCUGUGCUCCUGAAUCUGAGCCAAGACCCUGAGGUCAGCCUGCCUGCACCCCCACUCAUGUAUGCCCUGGCCCUCGGUGCCUGCCUUGGAGGUAACGGGACCCUGAUUGGCGCAUCUGCAAAUGUCGUAUGUGCAGGGAUUGCAGAGCAGCAUGGAUAUGGCUUCUCCUUCAUGGAGUUUUUCAGGUUGGGCUUCCCGAUGAUGCUUGUCUCCUGCACGGUUGCCAUGUGCUAUCUCCUUGUUGCUCAUGUCGUGAUGGGAUGGAAUUAAUACAUGGAUGCUAUUUGAUGCCUAGAGAAGAUUUGUUCUAUCAUAAACAUCCAUAGAAAACUGCACUGCUCAUUCUUUGAAAAAGAAAAGGUGCUUACUAGUGGGGGAGCUCUGAAGUGAACCCUCAUAUUCAGGUGAAUGUUCAAUUGUAGGAAAUAUUCAGUUAUUUUUCCCAGUGCUCCCCUGCAGAAUAUGUAUAUUCCAAAAUGUGUCUUGCUGUGCUCUGUAGGAAAACUACAAAAGCAAAAAUCCACCCCCAAAUGGCUUGUGCUGUUUACUUGUCAUUUUCCCCAAGGCCAUAUAGAGUUUUUCUCCAUGUAGCCACUUUUCAUGUUAAAAUAAUCAGCCUUCAAAUCAUCUACCCUUUGAAUAUAUACCUAUUCUUUCCAGGAAAAGGCAUCCAGUUUGUAAGGAGACAUUUUAUGUGUUACAAUAAAUAAAUUCUCCCUUGA